GCUAGUGUGGGGGGCCACUUACCUCCUAUCCCAUUGGUUAACUUUUUGCUGGGUGAGCUUUUCUAGUUGCUGAUUGGCCCAAAUGCCAAUCUAGGUCGCUGGGGAAGCGUUACUCGAGGCUAGAUUGAGAUGAGCAGCUCUCAAAAAAGGCACAAACAACAAAAGAAUGGAUACAGUUUCAUAUGUUAAAAGAAUGUUAAAAGGAAAAUAAGGAAACUAGACGUCUCAGCAUGAAUCCAUCCAGACCUAGAUCAAGUGGUAGUGGAGAAGAAAAUGAGAGAGGAUGGCAGCAAGAGCGGCUCCACAGAGAAGAAGCCUAUUACCAGUUUAUGAAUGAGCUCAGCGAUGAAGAUUAUCGGCUAAUGAGAGACCAUAACCUUUUAGGCACCCCUGGAGACAUAACGUCAGAGGAGCUACAGCAGCGCUUAGCUAGAGCAAAGGAAGAGCUGGCAUCCCAGCUUGGCUCGAGGAGUGGGUCAAGUGAUGGAGAUUCAGAAAACCUUAGAGAACAUUCAGAUGAGGAUUCUCUGCUACGAUGGCUGAAUACUUUUCGGCGCACUGGAAAUGUGACUCGAAGUGGACAUAAUGGGAACCAAAGUUGGAGAGCUGUGAGCCGAACAAACCCAAACAGUGGAGAGUUUGGGUUCAGCCUGGAAAUCCACAUAAAUCCUGACAACAGAGGCUCUGGAGCUCAUGGAGAGGAUUAUACAGACAUUUCUGUGUCAGGUGUUAGCAGAGAUCCUAGGCAGCAAAGAUCAUCUAGUCCUGUGGCUAUGCGAACGAGAAGCCAAACCUCCAGGAGUUCCAGUGGUGCUGACUCCAGUGUUCCAGGGGGUAGGCGUGGUGCAAGGGGGCAGGGUCCAAUGCAAGGAUUGUUUUCAGCACGGGGAAGGGUAAGAAAUAGAAUUGGAGGAGCACUUGGUGUUCCUAGAGUUAGUGGCCAUCGCACUGUUAUCAACACUCACACAAACCAGUCCGAUGGCAGUAAUCUCAGGCAAAGGGAACGGCAGCGGUUUGGAGCAGCACAUAUUUGGGAAAACGGGGCUAGAAGUAAUGUUACAGUGAGAAACACAAACCAAAGAUUAGAGCCAAUAAGAUUACGUCCUGCUUUCAGUAGUCGAAGCCGGUCCCCAAUUCAGACACAGAAUGGUACUGUAUAUCCUAAUUCCCAAAGGCAGAGUAGACCACUACAGCAAACUGGCAGGAACAGAUCUGUUAGGCAUAGAGGUGUAACUCAAGUCUUUCUAGAACAAGAUAGAGCACGCAGAGGUACUGUUUAUACGCCACUGUCCAACUCAAGACUUGUGUCAAGAAUAACAGUAGAAGAAGGAGAAACCACCAGGUCCUCAGCUGCCACACAGCGCCAUCCAGCAAUCACACUAGACCUGCAAGUCAGGAGGAUUCGUCCUGGAGAAACUAGAGAUAGGGAUAGCAUCGCAAAUAGAACCCGAUCGAGGGCAGGGCUGGCAGGAAGUACAGUUGAAAGCAACAGCGGGGGCUUUCACAGAACCAUCUCUCAUUUAGAGCGGUCAGGUGUCCGAACCUACGUGAGUACCAUAACUGUUCCUCUUCGGAGGAUUUCUGAGAAUGAGGUGGUUGAGCCAUCCUCUGUGGCUCUUCGGUCAAUUUUAAGGCAGAUCAUGACUGGGUUUGGAGAGCUGAGUUCUCUAAUGGAAGUGGAGCCUGAGUCAGAGAAUCAAGGAAAUGGUCAGCGUUUACCAGAGCUGUACCUAGAACUGAAUAACGUAGAUGUGGCUAACAACAGCGGUCAGCAGGGUGGAGGGUCCUCACAAGCCAGGCAGGCCCAAGAAGACAGUGCUGAAAUGCUAGAUGUAAGUGAGCCCAGCCUGCCACAGGCCCGCAACGAUGGCAGUAGAAAUAGCAGGCGGUUACGAAGGGCAGACAGUGUAGUCGAGACUGGAACAUUACCCAUUCUGCGCCUUGCUCAUUUCUUCUUGCUGAAUGAAGGUGAUGAGGAUCCAAUUCGUGGUUUAACCAAAGAGCAGAUUGACAAUCUUUCUACCAGGAGCUAUGAACAAAAUGGGGUUGACAGUGAGUUAGGUAAAGUCUGUAGCGUGUGCAUCAGUGACUAUGUGGCUGGGAACAAGCUCCGGCAGCUGCCGUGUCAGCAUGAGUUUCACAUUCACUGUAUUGAUCGCUGGUUGUCAGAGAACUGCACCUGUCCUGUCUGCCGGCGGCCUGUUCUAGAAUUGGGGGCCGCAAACACUGGGUGAGAUGACGGGAUCUGGUCAGUGCUGGAUGUCCCUGGAGCCACAUAGUCAAAACACUUCUUGAGUUACUUGUGAUGAGGUAACCAAGAUGAAAAACUAGCAGAUUAUAGCUUGCACUAUUUUUUGUGUGCUUUUUAAAAAAAAAAA